UUUCCUACUUAAAAUGUGAUGGACUGAAAUUUCCAGCAGGGGGACAUUUGUCGGACUUCGCUCACCCUCGCAAGGCGGAGCCAGGAAAAACUCACCGUUCCCUUUACGACUUCUGUCCAGUGUCCAUUUCCAAAAACUAACAUCCUCGAAGAGGGUUUUGUAAAGUGCUAUGCUGUUUCGAAGAUUACUGGCUGAUUUAUCUCCGUCCGGUUCUCGAUAAAAUUUAGGAGAAAAUAUAUAAGAAGAUUGGGAAUGAGAGAACAAUGGCGAGCAAAUCUGAAGAUGAUCACAAUGAACCAGUAAAUGAACAAGCGGUUGCAAAUAAGUAUGCUACUAUGAGGUCUGAACUGAACCAAAUUUACUCAAAAAUCACUGAACUAGAGAUGGAAGUGAGUGAGCACUCAUUGGUCAUGAAUGCUAUUCAGCCGCUAGACCCAUCUAGGCGUUGCUAUCGGAUGAUUGGUGGUGUUCUAGUGGAGAGAACCAUCAGAGAGGUGUUGCCUGCUGUCCAUCGGAACAAAGAGGGGCUUGAGGAGGUUAUAUCCAGGCUCAAUGAAGCCUUGGAAAAGAAGAAAAAGGAAAUUGCUGACUUUGAGACCCAGUACAAAAUUAGGAUAAGAAAGUCUGAUGGUGAGACGAAGGAUGACAAUGGACGAAAGGAAGGUUCUUCUCAAGGAGUCCUUGUCGGCCCUGCAAGUGGAAGCGAAUGAUGGGUCUUGCAUCUCUUCCCACUUUAUUUUCUCGAACUAGAUACAUAAAUUUUCCUAUAGUUUUGUACUGGACAUUAAAGUCUAGGGUCUUUGGUUGCCUGAUAGUAGACUGUAAACUCUACCAAUGUUGCUGAAUGUGAGUUUGUGUUCGUUAUUUGUGUGAAAAAUGAUAUUUGGUAAACUAUUGAGCAUGAACACAAUUAUCUUCUAUAAUUCUGGGCUGGAUGACAAUGAUAAUAGUGGAGAAUAGUGGAUGUUAGCAUCAACAGCAGGGAUCUGUGUCUUUUGGUUUGGAUGUCAAUUUGGGCUGGAUGUGGAGUGUGGGCUUCACUUCUAAUAUGAAACGUCGCUCAAGACUUGUCUUUGUAUUAUUCUAUGUAUUAUCCUAAUUCAGUCGAGGUUCUUUUUCA